CUUUGAAUGAUAGGAUGGGUCUUUUAUUAAUACUCAGUUUUUUACAUGUGUUGUCAUGGACUGAGGCUCAGGAUAGAACGUCUGUUGUGUUUUUUGUUUCCUAGGUUCCUCAUCACAGCACCCAAAGUUCUGCGAGUUGAUGCGACAGAGACUGUGGUGGUUCAGUUGUUUGGUUAUGAUCAAGAGACCAAAGUGAACCUCUACCUUAAAGCCAGUAAAGUCUCUGAAAGCAAAAUAUUUGCAUCACAGUCUGUGAUGCUUAAUGGUUAUAAUAAUUACCAAGCUCUAGCAAGCCUACGGAUUUUCCCGAACAUCGAUACAGGGGCCACACAUGUCUAUUUACAAGCCACUUCUGAUUCCUUUACUGAGUUUGAAAAGAUACCGAUCAUUCGUGACAAUGGCUUUCUUUUCAUCCAGACUGACAAGCCUCUUUACACACCGGAACAGCAUGUUGAGGUGCGAGUAUAUUCUCUAAAUCAAGAGUUCAGAAAGUCUAAUAGACCUGUCCUUCUCACAUUCAAGGAUCCUGAUGGAAUCCGGAUGGAAAUAAUUGAGAUGAAUGACAUUAAUGGUGUAAAACCAUUGCUUCCACCAUUUAAAAUACCACUAAAACCAAAGUUUGGUUCCUGGAAAAUUGAAGCGACUUAUGCUAAUGACUUUACUACAACUGCUAAAGCUGAGUUUGAGGUUAAAGAAUACGUUUUACCCAGCAUCUCAUUACGCAUCCAGCCUGAGGAUAACUACAUCAGCGCAGCAAACUUUGAUGCUUUCAAACUAAACAUAUUUGCCAAAUAUGUCAGUGGGGAACCAGUCAAUACAGCCAAUGUUUUUUUAAGGUUUGGUUACAUCAGCAAUAACAAUAUAGUGAUGAUUCCCUCAUCAUUAAAAUAUUAUAAGAUGGAUGAUGGACAGCUGGAGGUUGUGUUAAAUAUCAAGAAUACUCUGUCCAACAUGGAUUCUGGGCCUCAGGAUCUGUGGGAAAUGGACAACCAUUACCUCCGUGUAGCUGUUUUAUUAAAAGAGUCGGCUGGUGGUAUCUCUCAGGAGGCCGUUCUGUCCAAUGUGAAGUUUGUCAAUGUUCCCUUUACCCUGAGUCUGAUUGCAACUCCUCCUUUCAUCAAACCGUCUUUACCAUACAACAUCAGAGUGUUGGUAACAGAUGUACUGGGAAAACCAGUGAGAGGAGUGCCAGUGAAAGCAUCGGGAACAUUAACUAACAAUGUACAAGAACACGACACACUCAAAUUCAGUGGUUAUAAAACUGAAGUCACUGAGAUGUCCAGCCAUGAUGGUAUUGCAAAUUUCAUUUGCAAUAUUCCAGAUAAUGCAAAAAGUGCUCUGUUUACCUUUGAAACAGAUAAUCCAGAACACCCUCCAGAGAGCCAGGCUCAGCUUAAACUCAGCACUGUAGCAUACACAUCAAUCAAUCAACGUUACUUGUAUAUUCACUUACCCCUAGAAUCCUCGGCCUUUGAGGUGGAUGACUACGCCCAUAUCAAAAUCCACUUUUACCAUCGUCACUAUCUUCCACUAAAGAUAUUUAGUUAUCAAGUUAUCUCGAAAGGGAAAGUGGUAAAGUUUGACACAGUGCUGCGUGUAAGUGAAAGUGUACAGAGCAUCAGCUUUAAGGUGACCAGUGAUAUGGUGCCAUUUGCCCGCCUGCUGGUCUAUUACCUCCUGUCUGGAGAGCAGAAAGCUGAACUGGUUGCAGACUCUGUCUGGUUCAAUGUCAAGGCCAAAUGUAUCAACGGUUUAGAUGUAAGUCUAAAAGCUGAAAGUAACCUCUACAAACCCAAAGACAAGCUUGAUCUAUCGGUAAUGACUAAGAGUGCUAGUGAAAAGUCCCUGGUGGCAUUGUCUGCAGUGGACAUGGCACUGUAUGAUUUAAAAGCUAAUGAUAAUGACCCACUAAACAAGGUGUUGAGACACUUUGAGCUCAGUGACCUGGGCUGUGGAGGAGGAGGGGGUCGAGAUAAUGCCGAUGUCUUUAGCCGCGCUGGUCUGACUUUUCUCACCAAUGCAAAUGUCAAGGCUUCUAUUGCAGAUGAGAAAUGCACUGCUGUGCUUAGACCCAAACGGUCCACAUAUUCAUACGUAGAGUUGUAUGAAGAAAAAAACAAAACUGCUGUCAGGACAACGUGCUCCACUGAUGAUUUCAAUAACAGAAUUGAGGCCUAUGCAAACAGAUUUAAGGAUUAUAAAUCAUGCUGCCUGGAAGGAGCCAAUACUAGUCCAACUCUGGAAACCUGCAAGGAACUUUCCAGUCGAUUAAACUUUAAUGAUAUUUGUAAAAGGGCUUUCUCUUUAUGCUGUUCAUAUGCCCAAAAUCUUCGGAAUGAAAAUAAAAAAGUAAUCGUCCAUUUUCGCCCAGCAAAAGAGGACUCGAUAUCCUCUGUCAGGAGAAAGCGUUCUGCUUUUGAUUACAAGGACCUGAUGGAUGAUUUUGCCAAAAAAUUCAUGGAUUACAGUAUAUGCUGCAAGGAGGGAAGUGACAAUAUCCCAACUCUUGAGACCUGUGAAGAUCGUGCUAAUCGAUUAAAGCAAAAUAACCUGUGUAAGACAGCUUUCCGUGUGUGCUGCCAAAAGGUCAAAAAGCUCAUGCAGGAUAAUAAGGAUGUGGUUAUUCUCGGACGUUCAGAAGCAGAGUUUCUGCAGGAUGUGAAAGCAGAGCAGGUUCGCAGUUACUUUCCAGAGAGCUGGUUAUGGGAGGAACAUGAAAUUGAUAGGUAUGGAUUGUUAAGCGUCCCUAAGGUUCUUCCAGAUUCUCUGACUACGUGGGAGAUCAAAGCUGUUGGAAUGUUUAACAAUGGAAUAUGUGUGGCAGAUCCACUGCAGGUGCGCGUGUUUCAGCCAGUAAGCGUGGAUGUUCCUCUCCCUUACUCUAUGGUGCGUGGGGAGCAGAUCGAGCUCAAGGGCUCCAUCUACAAUCACUAUAAAUCCAACACAAAGUAUAGUGUAACUCUGGCAGCAAAAGAGGGGGUCUGUGUGUUUCAUGGAACUUUGCUAUCAGCCGACGGUGACCCUCAUGUAAAUACGGGGUGGGUUGAGGGCAACUCUCUGGCAUUGGUUCGAUUCUAUAUCAUGGCAUUGGAAGUGGGUACUCAUGAACUCAGAUUCACGCUUACAACCAGGUGGGGAAAAGAGACCCUGGUCAAGACCCUGCGAGUAGUGCCAGAGGGCAUAAGGGAAGAAAGAUUUGUUGGAAAAAGACUUGAUCCAAAUGGUAUCUUUGGUAAAGCCACAAUAACUGUUGAGCUUGGAAAUACUCUUCCAUCAAACAUUGUGCCCAAGUCAACUGUGGAGCGACUGCUAACAAUAAAUGGUGAUGUGUUGGGAGAGUUGCUGUCUAUAGGUACAGACCCAAAGGGAAUCAUGCAGUUAAGCAAUCUGCCCAAAGGUUCUGGGGAGGUGGAACUCAUGGCUAUUCUUCCUAUUUUCUAUGCAUACGAUUAUCUGGAGCAAACUCAGCAGUGGGACAAGAUGGCAGAAACUGUCAAGCGCACUGAUUUAAAGAGAAGGAUGAAUGAAGGAAUUAUUAGCAUCAUGUCUUUUAAAUCAAAACUGGAGGACAGUUUCAGUGUCUGGAUGAACAGAGAACCCAGCACAUGGCUAACAGCACUUGUAGUUAAGACACUGGCAAACGUAAAUAAAUAUGUAACAGUGGACCACAAUAUGCUGUCCAAAACAGUCAGCUGGCUAAUUAUACACUGCCAGAAUCCUGAUGGCUCCUUUACUGAGAAAUCCAGUUACAAGCCUAUAAAACUCAUGGGUGAAGGAGCAGAUGUAGCUGAACAAAAAGUCUUUAUCACAUCAUUUGUACUAAUUGGGAUCAAAAAUGCCCUGGAAGUUCCCAAGUCCAACAUAGUGAUAUAUAAAAAUGCUGUAGAAAAGGCAGCCGACUAUGUGUCCUCACAUGCAACAAAGGUAAACAGUUUGUAUGUGAGAGCUUUAGCAGCAUACGCCCUGACACUCGCUGACCGCAACAGCAAGCCAGCAGAUAUACUGUAUGACAAGCUUAUGAAAGAGUCUCAGAUUAAAGGAAACCCUGCAAUUGUUCGUUUUUGGGAGGUAAAAGGUUCCCCUCAGGAUCCAAACAGGGCAUCAGCAAUGACAGUGGAAACUACUGUCUACAUGCUGCUCACUACUUUAAUGCGAGGAAACAUAGAGUACGCCAAACCAAUCCUCAACUGGCUUACCAAUUAUCAGCAAAAUGAAGGAGGCUUCUAUUCAACCCAGGACGCUGUUCUAACACUGGAGGCCUUGACCAAGUACAGUAUCUUAGUACAAAGUGCUACUCUUGAUAUGAAUAUUGAGAUGUUUUACAGGAAGAAAGGCAAGAUUGGUAUUGUUUCUCUGACCCAGAAAAAACCUGUGGGUAAACCCAUAGAGAUAGUUCAUGCUGAAGACAUCAUACUGAAAACUGGAUACAGUGACGGGGUGUCAUUUGCUACAUUGAAAACAGUGUACUAUAAAAUGGCAGACAGCAACAACAAUUGCUUUUUUGACCUAGCCAUAGAUGUUCAUAGUCGUGAUACAACCUCAACAGAUCCAAUGCAGCUUUUACCACGGAUUGUAGCUUGUGCCAAGUAUAAACCACACGAAAAUGAGAUUGAAACUGAGUCAGGACACACAGUAAUGGACAUUAACCUGCCCACUGGUGUAAGCCCAAUUGAGAGUGAUCUAAAAAGGUUCAGAGAUGGACUUGAGAGUCGUAUCUCUAACUAUGAAAUAACAGGUGACAGAGUUAUUCUCCAAAUAGAUUCAAUUCCCUCUGACAGUUUUUACUGUGUGGGCUUUCGUGUACAAGAGGUAUUCAAAACGGGAAUGAACAGUGCCUCUGUGUUUAAAGUGUAUGAGUAUCAUAAUUCAGCCAGUCAGUGCACAAAACUCUACUACUCUGAGAGCAAUAGGCUUCUCCGGCUCUGUGACGGAAACCACUGUCAGUGCAUGGCAGCUGAAUGUUGCAACUUCAAGGCAAAUCUUGACCCAACAAUAACUUUACAACAGAGGAUGCGGGACGUGUGCAAAGACGGCAUAAAAUAUGUUUUAAAAGUAAAAAUCACAUCAGUUGAAGCAGAAGGGGAAUUUCAGAUAUACAAUGCAAAUGUUGAAUCAGUCAUUGAAAAUGGCUUAACAGACAUUAAAGUUUCUACAGAGGUCAGCUUUGUGAAAAAGGCCACUUGUAGCUCAACCAAUCUGGAAAUUGGCAAGCAGUAUUUGAUUUGGGGUGCAGAGAUCAUGCAAGUUCGAUUAAAUCGCAGUUUUAGGUAUAAGUUUCCAUUGGACUCACAAGCUUGGGUGGAAUGGUGGCCCUAUGAUUCUGACUGCCAGACAGACUCGUGCAAUAAUUAUAUCAAUGUUUUAUAUGACUUUGAAUUAGAUUACCCCACCACUGGCUGCUCAGGUGUUUAAGUGCUUCUCUCUCCCUUACUACCAUAUUUGGCACUUCUCUGUGUACAAAAUGUGCAUUUUCUUCUAUAAACCAGAUAAAAAAAACAAUACAAUAACACAAUAAUGGUUAUGUGACAGAAAACAAUGUGCAGUUACAGAUCCUGAGUUAUUGGUUUGAUUGUCAUAUUGGUAAAUAUUUUUACAUGGGGUGAUAUGUUACACAAUUAAACAUCUGAGCAUUUCAUCUGUGUGUACAUGCUUUGAUAUUAAAUUGUGACUGAAACAGAA